GGCAGGGAGCACAACACUUGCCGUUUAAAAAUAAUUAUUUUUACAACUGUUUCAGUUAACCUUUGUGUGUGUUAUUUAUAAAAAAUUGAAAAAAAAAAAAACAGUGAAUCAAUUUUUUUAUCUUUUUUGUCAUUAAAAUAAACGUGAUAUGGAUAGUAAUAAAAAUUAAAUAAAUAUUGUUAAAAAUAAAAUAGACUAUUUAGGAAAAAUAAAAGAACGAAUCUGCAGUGUGGAAGCAUUAAAAAGGGAAUUUUUGAUAGAGUGGAUAUUAAAGAUGAUCAAGAUGACGUAUGAUACGUGACGUAGGGGGUGGUCUUACCAUAGAGGUACACUCUCUACUUCCUCCCUGUCGACCCCCCUUCACUUCUGUAUCCCGAAACUUUAGCCGUGGUUGGUGAGAGACGCUACCAAAAGCGAUUCUCCCUUAACAAGCUGGUGAACGGUGCAAAAAAAGGAUAUUAGUUACUGUCGUUAUAUUAUUAUACUACACCUCCCAAGGAUUACAUACUGUUGUACACAAUUGCACCCUGUCACAUAUCUAUGUUCAUAUCGACCAGAUAUUUUAUGUUAAUAAAAUCGUGACCAGAAAAAUUCCGUAUUUAAAUAAUGACGUUAACAAAUCAAUUGUAAAAUUUAUGUGACAAAAAUAUUUAAUGGGUGCCUAAUAAUAUGUUUCAAUAAUAACUAGUGCCUAAUGAACUUUGCAAUAAAAAAAAAAGGAACGAAGUUUAUUCAUUAAAGAAUAUUAAGUGAUAAUUGGACGUGAUAAAGAACGAAUGUUCGUACUACUACGUAGUGAGCCCGCGCUUCUAUACGUCUGCGGAAUCACGAUAGUUAAAAUUAGUUAUGUCACAAUUAAUGCUAUGCAAUCUUGCAAAUACUUCGACGGCGGGAAAUGAUACCAAUAAUAACGCCAAUACUAACAGCAGUAUGGAGGACGACGACUCUUAUCCACUGCCCACCAUUUAUCGGUGUCGUGCUCCCAUAGCUAGUCUUGAUUGCAUGGAAGAGUUCAAUGGAAGUGGCGGUGGUGGAGACUCAGGAAUUCACUGUACAACACAGCAGGGUACAAAAGAGCAGCUUUUGACGAGUUGUAUGACAUCACAAAGUCAACGUUCACAACAUCCAUCGCCAGGUAUACGGUACCGUAACUUGGGUAAAAGUGGUCUACGUGUCUCCAAUGUUGGAUUGGGAACAUGGACAACAUUUGGAGGAAUGGGUGGAUGCACCAGUGAAGAAACAGCUGAAGCUGUUGUGGCCUUGGCCUACGAUAGUGGUAUCAAUGUAUUCGACCUCAGUGAAGCUCAUAGUGGCCAUCGGGCUGAAACCCAACUUGGCCGAAUUCUCCUUCGACGAGGCUGGAAUCGCUCCAGCUAUAUUGUCACCACAAAAAUCUACUGGAACACCAAAAGUGAAGGACGAGGACUAUCUAGGAAACACAUUAUCGAAUCGGUGCAGGCGUCCUUGGCAAGGCUACAAUUGUCAUAUAUUGACAUUGUCAUGAUUCAUAAGGUUGACCCAAUGUGUCCAAUGGAAGAAAUAGUAAGAGCGAUGAAUUACGUAAUUGGCAAAGGCUGGGUGAUGUAUUGGGGAACAUCACGAUGGACACCCGUUGAAAUAAUGGAAGCUUAUACGAAUUGCAGGCAAUUCAAUUGUGUAACUCCAAUAGUAGAGCAAGCUGAAUAUCAUCUUUUCUAUCGAGAUAAACCUGAACUCUAUAUGCCAGAGUUGUACAAUAAAAUUGGGGUGGGCUUGAUGGCUUGGUCAACUGUUACAAUUGGUAUGGUUUCAAAGCCUGAUGACUGUGGGGUUUCUUUUCUUUCUAGAUCUUCAUACAAGGAGAGUAAGAAUUUUCAUUAUUUGCAGAAUAAAUACUCAUCAUUUAGUUGGACAGAGGACGAAACACAGUCGUUGUACAAAGAGGCGAGUCGACGUGAUCCUCUGUCACAAGAAUUUAAAGAUAAAUCUCUAGAUGAAGAACCACGCAAAUACUCUGAUAAAUUACGAGACGUGUGUGCUCUUGCUGAGAGAUUGGGAUGUUCCUUUGGGCAACUGGCAAUCGCGUGGUCUCUCAAGAAUGAAAGUGUCCAGUGCCUUCUACUUGGAGCGUCAAAUAUCGAUCAACUUUACGAGAGUUUGCAGAGUUUACAACUCAUACCAAAGCUCAAUACAACUAUGAUGAAUGAAAUAGAGAGAAUCCUUGAUAAUAAACCGUCCCGGCCACCAAUGGUGUCCACAUUAGCACUUAGAUGACAAUCGAUCUGCCCCCACGGUAGUGCUGGGGGCAGUAUGGAAGAGGGUGCAGGUAGCCCAAAGAGUGAGGCUGGUCACAGCCACGAUCAAGAAACGACCAAAGAGAUGACCAAUAAGCUACCAUUCUGUGAAAUACAAUGAACAACAAGCGCUCUUGUCGUGUCAUUUCUAGAGCCUUACAGCCCAUCAACCGAAUUCUCAACCAAUUGAUCGGAUUUCUCCUUCUGGAGAUCACAUACCAACUUGAUGACAAUAUUUGGGCUUACUCGAGCUAUUUUGCUAAAUAAUUCGAUUGAUAAACGCAUUAUUGUGUGAAUACUCCAAUUCGUUAACUCAUUAAUAUUUAAUAAUAAUUAUAACAAAUCACAACAGACCUUAAUAACGUGAAUAUCAAGAAAUUUUAAUGAAAAAUAAAUACCAUUGUCUUCUGUAAAUGAAAAAUAAACGCAGUAAGUUAGUGAUAAUAUUGUAUAACAUUCGAUACGAAUAGAACCGGUGAUAUAUUAUUGGAUUUUAAUUGUAGGCCAUCUAUUAUUAUAUUCUAUUCUAUUUUAUUCCCUUGAAUAAUUCAUUCAACAAUACGUCUUGGUAGUUAUAUACAUUUAACUAUUUCAAUUAAUGAGAGAAAUUUUAAUAAAACAAUAAGGAACCAAAUUCCUUAGGGGUUUUAAAAGAGCCAUUUAUUAAUCGAAUAUCAUUAUAAAUACGUGGAUGUUUUCCACUUUUGUACCCUGUAAUAAUGAAUUUACAGGUUUAUAGAAAACAAAAAUAAAUAAAAAUAAUUCGAAAAAUUGUAUGAAUAUGGAGAAUAAUCUCGAGGAAAUUAUAAUCGAUAAACUGAUUGUAAUAAUAAUUUAUAAUUUUUGAUAAUACAUCGAUAAAUAAAAAUAAUGUCAUUAAAACGUAUGUCUAAUAAAAACGAUGUUAAAAAUGAAAAAUAAAAUACGGGAAGGAAUUGUAAUAAAUAUAAAUAAAUAAAUGAAUUCAAUUGGAGGUAAAUUUGAAAGAAGAAAAAAAAAAAUGAUGGAAGAAAAAAAUUCGAAAUUUUCGAUUGUACAGUUCUCUAUCGUCACAAUCGAUCAGAGCACAUUUAUUAUCCCUCCAGAGUAAUUUUUAAUCAUUCAUUGCUCACAUCUAGAUCAUGUAGACUAUUCGAUUACACCAGUUUUCAAUAAAUAAUUAAAUAAAUAAUUCAAAAUUUUAGAUGAAAAGAGAAUAAAAUAAAUAAUUAAACACCAUAAAUUAAAUGAUUUAAUAAAAUCUAACAAAUUAAAUAAAUAAAUAAUCGCACAAUGCGAAUAUCCUGUCGCUUUUUAAUAAGGAUAAUUGCAAUUCACUUGAAAUAAUAUUAGCGGUUCGAAUGAUACAACAAAUACGAUGAUGCUAUUAAAUAAUACUAAAUUGAGAGAAAACAUUUCACAUUGUGCAUUGAUAUCACUGAAAAGAUAAAAAAAAAAACUCCAAUUAAAAGUAAACAAUAAUAUACGAACAAAGCAACAAUUUUUCUUCUAGUAUUCACGCAGUAAUUAUUUGAACCAAUUUAAGCUUGCAAUGAUGAUAAUUAAAACGAACAAUUAAAU